AAAUUAGGAGAGGUGUGGUUGGAUUUUAUUUUCGUAAUGUCUGAUGAAGUUACCUUUGAAACUGUCGUGGAGAGCCCUAAACCUCUUACUGAACCUUCUGAGAAGGAUGGUUUUGUAUCUCAACAUAUAAGCGCUAAAAGUAUGCCUUUAGAAGGUGACGAUAGUUCUCCUCCCUCUUUUGACUUUAUCACUGAAAAUGUUUAUAUUGUUGAAAGGGGAACAACUCGUGAUGGAAAGAGAAGCAAGCGAAUGAUGUGUACCUGUCAGUUUGACCCAGAAACUGAUAAUCACUCUGAAGCUUGUGGUGAAAACUGUCUAAACAGAUUGUUAAUGAUAGAAUGUGGUUCUCGUUGCCCCUGUGGUGAAUACUGUACUAAUAAAAGAUUUACAAGAUCAAGCUAUGCCAAUGUCGAAGUUAUUAAAACUGAAAUGAAGGGCUGGGGAUUAAAAGCUACCUGUGAUAUUUCUCGGUAUUCAUUUGUUAUGGAAUACUGUGGCGAAGUGUGUAGCCUUGAAGAAUUUGAAAGAAGAAGAAACAUAUAUGAAAAGGAAAGCAGAAGACAUUAUUAUUUUAUGUCACUGAAAACAGAUGAGAUACUUGACGCUACAAGGAAAGGAAAUCUCUCCCGAUUUAUUAAUCAUAGCUGUGAGCCUAACUGUGAAACUCAAAAGUGGACUGUUAAUGGACGGCUAAGAGUUGGAUUUUUUGCUUUAAGACAUAUACCUGCUGGAGAAGAACUCACUUUUGAUUAUCAGUUUCAACGUUUUGGAGAAUCUGUUCAAAAAUGUUAUUGUGGUAGUGAAACUUGCAGAGGCUUCUUAGGAGCGAAGCAGACUACUGAUGUUGUGCGUAGUGACAUGUAUUUUCCUACACGGGACAGGAAAGCAAAGCGUCGUUGUGAUGAUGCUGAUUCAAUGUUUGAAAAAGAAAUAUAUGAUGUUGUGGGAAGCACAUGGCGUCUCAAGAACUCAGACCAGGUUCUAUCAUUAUCUCGCCUCAUGCUAAGAGCAGAGUCAAUCAAGCAGAGAAGAAUGCUUUUAAAAGUUCUUCAGGCUACCAAAGACAAUGCAUGUUUAAAGCGGUUCCUGUCAUUUCAAGGGUUAAGAUUAUUAUGGAGUUGGAUGGUAGAAGUAACAGAUCAGCAAACUUCUGAAGCCUUAGAUGCUAAAAUACAGAUUUUAUUGACGCUGCAAUCAUUACCUGUACCAAAUAGAAAUGUGCUUAAGGACAAUAAAAUUUGGCAGUUAGUACAAAAAUGGUCUGAGCCAAGUAUUCCUUCUAAUUCACACAUAGAUCAAGACAGUGUUGUCAUUCGUGAAGCUGACUGUUCAAUUAGCCAAGAUAAUAUAGAUGGAGAAAAUAAGCAUUUAGAGGAUUGCCCAGAAAAGGUUGUAAAAGUAGAGGCUGAGAUUUUAGAAACACAUAGUGACCUGUUGUCUGAAGCUGAAAGUAGAGAAGCUGUAGCUUCUUUUGAAGAUGAAGAAUCAAGAGUAGUUAGUAUAGCAAAUGAUCUCCUAGAAAAGUGGAAUUCAUUAAAAGAAGUGUUUAGAAUACCAAAGAAAAUACUUUCGGAUGAUGUCCGAUCGAAGGAGAAAAAAGUGGAAGAGAGCGAUGAAGACAACAGGAGAAAGCGCAAGAGAGAAAGUAAAUGGGACACCAGUGAAGGAUAUCAACCAACAAACACAUUCACCAGACCUGGAGAAAAAGUGUCACAAUCAUAUUAUGUACCCCAAUCCCGCCCACCAGCGAGAACUGGUUUAUUAGGCCCUCCUCCUCCAUCUAUUGCUGGACUUCCUUUACAAAAUACUGUCAUUGUUCAGCACCAGUCAGGACAAAGUGUUUAUGUUCAGCAGCAAAUAUUCCCUACACCCUCAAAUUUUCCACAAGGCAUGCUAGCAGCACAGUAUGCUCCUGUCAAUUUCCCUCCUCCAACAUUACCUUUACCUGUUAUUAAUUUGGAUUCUGCUCCUCUGCCAGUAACGUCUAUGCAAUCUCAGUUACUUGAAGUUACUCCUAAACCUACUCUUGAACCUAGUAAUAGUUUAAUACCACCCACAGUUAGGAACGCUGCAGCAAAUGUCUCAGCCACAAUCCCCCCACCACCUCCUGUCGAGAAACCAUUGCCACAAAACUGGAAGGAAGUAAAGGAGCCUUCUGGAAAGGUGUAUUACUACCACACCAUAACUCGUAAAACGCAAUGGGAACGUCCAACUGAAGAAGACAUCGAUGGUGAUAUUAUGAUGGAUCUAGCAACACCGGAUACUAAUGAUGAUGAUCCUAAUGAUGAAGAAGAUGAAGAAGAUGAUGACAAUAACAGUGUCGAGUCAGCACAUGAAGGACAGCCUCAUACUCCAGAAGGAUCCCCACCUUCAUUGACUCCAAAUCAGGAAAGCACUGAAAGUAGAAGGCAAUCAACAGCAAAAGAUUCAUUCAAACAUUCGCUAUCAAAACUGGUUGUGAGAUGUUUGGACCAUCAUCGUAAACCUACUUGCAAAUAUGGACGUAUUACUUGUUCUGAAGAUUUUAAACACUUAGCUAGAAAGCUGACAUUUGGUAUCACUGAGAAAGAGAUCACAAGACGUGGCAGUGCUGAUGCACUUGAAUUUAAUGAUCAGGUGAAGUCUCGUACUAAAACAUAUAUCAAGAACUAUAUGAAAAAGUUUGGUCCUAUAUAUAGUCACUCAUAGACAUUUUAUCAUUAUCACUGGGUAUUCUCAUAAAGCUGUUUUAUUUUAUUUUGUAAAGAAAAACUAAUAAAAAAUAA